AUGGCGGCSCCAGCUUCAACGGAAACUCUCGCGGUAGCGGCGCGCACCGCGCUCCGCCCAUGGGGCGCGUCGGCGCGCGGRGUGGAGGCGGAGCUUCCUCCGGCGGGCCCUCCAAUCCGGCCGCCUCCUUUCCCCGCGCUCCGCCCUCUGCGCUCCGCCCCCUCCUCCCCGCCGUGCGCCGCCCACACCGCCCGCACCCACAGCUGGACCGCAACGCCCGCAUCCACAGCUGGACCGCACCGCCCACAGCCCCCGCACCCACAGCUGGACCGCACCGCCCACAGCCCCCGCACCCACAAUUUCCCAGCACCGUGCUGUCAGGAAUCAUUAGUCMUUGACACCUGCACUAUCGGGCGCCCAUCCAUCACAGACCGAACRCACCAGCACCUGCCCCUAGCAGCCGCCACGCGUGGCCCUUGCUCCCCUUCCUCCUGCAUGACUCGUUCCCUGGCCGGAGUGACGGCCCCGAGAAACCCUUCGUUCCCGAGCGAAGGGCCUGGCACUGCGUUCUUUCCCGCACCGCAGCCUCGGGGCGAGUUUCCGAGGGGGAGGAGCAGCGCGGGUUCCCCACGGACACUCCACCGAGAAGCCUUUCCGCGCAAGCCCGGCGGGAGGGGGAAGGAGCGGGGUGGGGGGGACCGGCGAAGGCAGCAGAGAGGCGGCGACGGCGGGGCGGGCAGCGGGCCCGGGGCGUGGCGCGGGUCCGGCGACGCCGGGAGGUGGCUCAGUCCCCGCUGCCAGCCGAGGGCCGCGCUGGGGUCGGCUGCGGAGCUGCCACUGCUGAAGCUGCCGCCGGCCGCCGACCUGGAGCAGCUGCUGAUCCAGGGGGGCGCGGGGCUGGGCGCGGGCAGCCCAGGGCCGACGGCGCCCGGGGCGAGUAGCGGCGGGGCGGCGGCGGCAGGGCCAUUCCUCUACCGGCAGCCGGUGACGCAGGAGCAGGAGGGUUUCGCCGACGGCUUCGUCAAGGCCCUGGCCGACCUGCACAAGCAGAACCAGCUCCUGGCGGCACCGCCGCCGCUCUCCGCGCCGGGACCCUGCUGCACCGCCCGCCCCGGGCCGCCGGGAGCCGCUGCCGCCGCCGACCCUCCGGCCGUCUACACCAACUUGAGCGGCUUCAACCCCGCGGGGCCGCUGAGCCCCUCGGGCAGCGCCUACCCCUCCGCCUCCGCCCCGCCGCCGCCGCCGGGCCUGGCCUUCGGGGCGGCGGGUCUGGGGAGCGGCCGGCUGCCUGCGCGGUCCCUGGAGGAGCCGCAGACCGUACCCGAGGUGCCGCCGUCGGCGGGCGGGGAGGGCGGCACCAGCGCCCCGACGCCGCCGUCGCUGUCGCCGCUGGACGCGGAGAGCCAGGAGCGGCUGAAGGCAGAGCGCAAGCGGCUGCGAAACCGCAUCGCCGCCUCUAAGUGCCGCCGGCGGAAGCUGGAGCGCAUCGCACGGCUGGAGGAGAAGGUGAAGGCGCUCAAGGGGCAGAACGCCGAGCUGGCGGCCACCGCCAACCUCCUCCGCGCCCAGGUCACCCAGCUGCAGGGUCGCGUCCGCAGCCACCUCUCCUCCGGCUGCCACAUCAACGCCGCCGGGCAUCCUCCUCCUCCUCACGCCGCCGCCCAGCCGCGGGAGACUCCCCCCGAGGCGGCUGCCGCCCCGCCGGAGACCAGCGCCUGCUGAGGAGGGACACCACGCUGGCUCCGGCCCCAUCCCGCCCGGGGGCACCGCGGGGCCAAGGUGCGCGCCCGCCGCCGCCCUUCUGCUAUUAUUAUUUUYUUAAUUAUUAUUAUUAAUUAUUUUUAUUUAUUUGCGCCCGGAGAAGGCAUUUUUGCGGRAGCCGGGUGUUGCUAAGCGUUUCACGAGUUCUGUCGAUGUCACAUUCAGCAGCGAGGGUCUCCGUGGGUGAUUCUGGGGCAGGUGGUUGUUAAUUUUUCAGUGAAGUACUUGAGGUCUGUAGAGAUUUCGGAAAAUAAGAAAAUUACUGUUUACAGAAAGAUUCAACUUUAUUUUCAUGGGGGAUAUAAAAAGUGUGUUUCCUAAUACACCUUACUGAACUGUAUAGCAAUGGAUAAGCUUUUCAAACUGAAAAAAAAAAAAUAGCCAGAAUCGUACCUUUUGAAAAGAUGUGCGUGUAUAUAUAUAUUUAAAACAUAAUAUGGCUAUGUAUAUUUUCUUGGUAUUGAUAAAGAACUUUUUUUAAAAUACUGUCUUUCUCUAGAGCUUUAAUUUGCCAUUGAGAGUUAAGACAGCUGUGUGGGUGUCCUUGCACUUACAUAGCUUUGAUUUUAAAAUCGAACCCUGGAGGGAAAUGAUUUUUGUUGUAAAUCUUAAGCAGAUUGAAAUGCAUUGCUGACUCAGUCAUAGGAAAAUAGUUUUCUAAAACUGUAUGCUCCAUAUUUCUUGUGCCAGUGCAAACUUGGGGCAUUGAUAGUUAUUUAUUGAAACUUGAACACUUUUUGGAUGUUGCCUAGACCUUAUUUUUCUAGAUAACACGUUAGUAGAGAAAAUGGUUACUUUGGCAAAAAGAGCUUUACUUUUUUUUUUUUUCCUUCACUGUGUACAUUCCAAUAGUGUGUGCUCUUUCCACAGUAUAGUAACAAUUCAGUGCUAUACAGAAAAGGGCUCAGGUGGUUUGGGGUGGGCUAGCUGUAAAGGUGAUAAUUCCAUUGUAUUCUGUUUGAAUAAAUUGCAGAAAUAUUAYGGAGAACUAGAUUUAUUUUUUGGUAGAAAUCUGUGUAUCUUGCUUCUUGGUCUACUUUGUUCUAAAGGAACUUUCUGCAAUACUCUAGAGACAGAAAGAGUCAGUGCUAGAAUGUGAAAUAUUUUUCUGGUUGGGAAGAAUUGGUGUGAUUUAUUUCUUUGUCGAGAAUUUACUAGUGGAAGAGUAUAGCAAAGGAACUAUUUCUUCUGAUUAGACAUAAUCCUCAAUAAGUUUUUGAAAGCUUUAGGUCCCUUGCUCGGUGCCACUGCCUUGCUUCUGCUGCACCUGUGUAUUUUGAGCAUAGCCGCUAGCGCAGCGCUGCCGAGCCCUGUGGCAAUGGUGCAGUGGGAAGGGUCUGUCGGAGUGUGACGGUCACCCCACYAGAGCCCCUCUGUGCGGAGGCUGCGGGCCGGCCCCGCCGCUGGGGGAAGGCACAGCUUCUCCUGAGCAGAUCCAGCUGCAGUGUGGGGCCCUCUCCCCUCGUUGAAACUGUGCUAAAAUCUCUGCUUGAACUCAGAGGCAAAUCUUUCAUGGGGAUACGUGUCCAUGCCGGGUUGUGAAAAGGGGAAUCGCAUGAGGAGCCAAGGGGGCAUAGACAUCUCUAUGCGUAGAGCAAUUGCUCAGAUAUGUUAAAGCCACUCAGGAGCUGGUAAACAUCUCUUACUUCUUCUGAACGCUACAGUUAAUGUUUUGAAAUUGGAUAAGAAUCGGAUAGACUCACAGUUUUUCAUGCUUUUAUUGGGGAUAUGUGAGUGCUAUCUGUUCAGGAAGUUGAGCUGCAGCAAUCAAGUGUAUGAGCUUUAUCUUUUAGUGCAUAGUCAUUCCUGGCACAUGUAUGAAAUKAUAUGAAAGUGUAGUUUUACUGUAGCUGAGAUGCUCCGAGGAUAUUUCUUUUCUUAAUGCAUAUGCAAAUUAGGUAGAAGCCAUAUGAAUCAUUGUAUAACUGUUUAAUCAUGUCACCAGAGCCUUUUUUGGUGGUUGAAAUGAUUGCCUGUAAGAGUACUUUCUGUUGUUAGAAAUACUAAUGAGCAGAUAAAAAAAUAUUUUGAUCUUUACAAACGUUUAAAGACUUCUUAAGGGCAUUCUGAACCAUAAAGCAUGCAAUCUGUAGCACUGCCUCUUACAUAAUAACUGCAUGGAGAAUACUGUUUUUACUUUGGUAGUCAUCACCCAUCUGCAAAGAUGCUUCAAGUCUGGAGAAACAGAUAAAAAACUUUUCUUUCCCCCCACACUUAACACUUUUCCCUAGUAAGAGAGUAAUUCUGCCUGGUAGAUGUGAGAUACUCUACUGCAAAUGUAGUGAGGUGGGGGCUUUUUAAGGAAUCCUGGGAAAAUCRUAAAAAAUUACAUGGGUCCACACUACUGCUUUGGUCCUUGUCUUUGUAAAUGAGUGUAGGGCUAGGUAAAAAUCUUAUGGCAGAACACAGGACAAUGAUAAAUGAAGUUGUGCAAUACUUUUUCUUAAGUCAUKAUUUCUGGUCAUAAUCAGUUAGCAAUGUCCAAGUGAUGUGUGGGAUCCAUAAGAUGCUGGAAAUCACUACAAUUCCCUUUCCCAGCCACAGGCAGGGCUCUAAUGGGCUGUAGUCUAGGAGGGUUAUAAUGAGGUCCCCCUUUUCAGCAUGUUUAUGUUAAAACCACCCCCUGUUGCCUCAUAAUUGAACUUYGUGCAAGAGCAGUCUCACACCUAGUGUCUCAAAGACCUCAUGUGGUUAUUUCUUUGAUAGCCUGCUUUCUGUUCUAGCUGACAUCUGUUCAGUGGUAGCAGUGGUGACAGGCCAGCUCUCUUACCCUAAUGACUAGCAAGGCAGGCACCUCCAGCUCUGCCAGAGGGUACUAUGUUUUAGUAGAGUUGUCCAAAAGAAAUCCAUUUUCUGUAGAGAAACCGGUUACAUUCAUAAAUGCCUUUUUUUAUCCGGCAUUUAGGCCAAGAAACAGGAUCUAACACUGACAUGACCAAAAUUUGAGAAUAGUGUUGGGGUGGUUGGGGUAUUUUUUUUYCCUGUUUGGGCUGGCUCUGCUAGAGGUUGCUGCAUUUUUUGCAGCAUAUUUUGCAUAUUUGAGUGGAAAGCCUAAGCACCUAACACUUUAAACCAAUAUGAAAAGACUCAGGAGUACUUACCUGCUGCAGCUGUCAGACUUGAUUGUUCCUGUUUUCUAAAAUGUAUCAAUACUCUGACUUUUAGCCUUGCAGUGUUUCUAAAUCUUUUAAUAUGGCUUCUCUAUUUUGUCUGCCUUUUUUCUUCAAUUUGUUGCUAAGUCCAUGUGUCUUUUAGGUUUUGAUUUUCUGCCAAAAACCUUGGUCACUGUGAGAUGCUAAAAGAUAGAUACUGGGUAAAAAUUUUACAGACUGUUUAUAUGAUUUUCAUCCAUGUAGCUCCUUUUCAGUAACUCCAAGCAAGUUGGCUGUUGCUGUAAGAAAAAAACAAAAAACAAAAACAAAA